AUGCCAGCUCCAUUUGUGAUAUAUGCAGAUUUUGAAGCGGUUACAGAAAAGAUACAAGGAUUUGAGCCAAAUAGUAAUAAAUCAUAUACAAACAAAUAUCAAAAACAUACAGGCUGUAGUUAUGGUUACAAAGUAGUUUGCUGUUAUGAUGAUAAAUAUACAAAACCGGUAAAAAUAUAUCGAGGAGAAGAACCAAUAAAAAAGUUCAUGGAAAAAAUAUUAAAAGAGGUACAGUACUGUGAAAACAUAAUUAAAACCAGAUUCAAGAAACCCUUUAAAAUGAGCAGUGAGGAUGAACAAAAUUUUAAUGCUGCGAAAGAGUGUCAUAUUUGUGGUAAGAAAUAUACUAAUGAAGAUAUCCGUGUAAGAGAUCAUUGUCGUAUAACAGGUCAAUAUAGAGGAUCUGCACAUGAAUACUGUAACUUGAAAUUAAGAAUAAGCUCAGAAAAGUUCAAGCUACCAGUUAUUUUUCAUAAUCUCCGUCGGUAUGAUUCCCAUUUUAUAAUGCAGGAGAUAGGAACAAUUGGAAAAGAAUAUGAAUUAUAUAUUAACUGUAUUCCUAAUAAUAUGGAGAAAUAUAUGGCUUUUAUGCUAGGUAAGCAUUUAGUAUUUUUGGACAGUUUUCAAUUUAUGUCUAGUAGCCUAGAUCGUCUUUCAGCCAAUUUACCAAAAGAUAAAUUCAAGUGUACAAGUGAAGUAUUCAAAAAGGAGAAAUUAGAAUUAAUGACCCAAAAAGGUGUCUAUCCAUAUGACUAUAUGGAUUCUUUUGAGAGAUUUAAUGAGACCCAACUGCCAAGCAAAGAUGAUUUCUUUAGUUAGCUAACCGAAGAUGCCAUAACAGAUGAACAAUAUUGUCAUGCCACAAAAGUUUGGGGAACAUUUAAUUUACAGACUAUGGGUGAUUACCAUGAUUCAUACCUGAAGUCUGAUAUUUUACUAUUGGCAGAUGUUUUUGAGAAUUUUAGAAGUACAUGUUUGCAGUAUUACAAAUUAGACCCAUGCCACUAUUAUACAUCACCAGGAUUGAGUUGGGAUGCAAUGUUAAAAAUGACAGACAUAAAAUUGGAGUUAAUGACUGAUACUGACAUGUUCCAGUUUAUAGAAAAAGGUACACGUGGAGACAUUUCAUACAUCGCCAACCGAUUUGGGGAAGCAAAUAAUAAAUACAUGAAAGAAUAUAACAAAGAAAAACCCAGCAAGUAUAUUAUGUAUCUAGACUCUAAUAAUUUAUACGGUUAUGCGAUGAGCCAGUAUCUUCCAACAGGUGAAUUUAAAUGGCUAACAGAGAAGCAAAUUGACAAGAUUAUGAAGAAGACAAUAUUAUCUGAUAAUAAAAAAGGAUAUAUACUUGAAGUUGAUUUGGAAUACCCUGAAGAAUUACAUGAGCUGCAUAAUGAUUAUCCCUUAGCUGCAGAAAAAAUGAAGGUAACAAAAGAUAUGCUUUCACCAUACCGUAAAACUAUUCAGGAGAAGUUUGGAGUAACAAUUGGGCAGGUUGCUAAAUUAACCCCAACAUUAACAGAAAAGAAGAAUUAUGUAUUGCACUAUAGGAAUUUACAACUUUAUCUAUUACUAGGUCUGAGACUAAAAAAAGUCCACAGAGUAUUAGAAUUAAAUCAGAGCCCAUGGUUGAGACAAUAUAUUGAUUUCAAUACACAGAAGCGUGCGGGUGCAAAAAAUGCAUUUGAAAAGGACUUUUUCAAGCUUAUGAAUAAUUCAGUUUAUGGCAAAACGUGUGAAAAUUUAAGAAAGCGUGUUGAUGUAAGAUUGGUAACUGAUAAAAGUAAGUUAUCCAAACUUGCAAGCAAGCCAACAUAUGUUAACAGUAAAAUAUUCACUGAGGACCUUGUUGCGGUUCAUAAAAUCAAAGAAACACUAAAACUCAAUAGACCAGCUUAUGUUGGAAUGUGCAUUUUAGAUCUUUCAAAGACACUCAUGUAUGAUUUUCAUUAUAAUUACAUUAAAAAGAGAUACAAUAACAAGGCUAAACUAUUAUUUACAGAUACAGACAGCCUUUGUUAUGAAAUAGAAACACAGGAUAUUUAUGAGGAGUUAUGGCAGGAUAGAAAUUUGUUUGACAACAGUGAUUAUCCAAAAGACAGCAAAUUUUUUGAUUCAACAAAUAAAAAAGUUAUCGGCAAAUUUAAAGAUGAAGCAGCUGGCAUGCCUAUUGUGGAAUUUAUUGGUCUUAGAAGUAAGAUGUAUUCUUAUGUGAAAGACAAUGGUAAGAAUGAGAAGACGGCUAAAGGUGUUGGAAAGUAUGUUAUAAAGAAG